AUGGAUCCAUUGGCGCAGAUUGAAUUUAACGCUACUCAAUACACAAUGAAAGAUGAUUAUCCUGGUUUCGGUGCCCCGGCCUUAGAGCGUGAUAAAAAGACAGUAUUUUGGAUGAGUGGAGUGAUGGAAUGCUUUUCAACGGUUUGGUCUUUAUUCAAAAGCACGGAUUAUGAGGAAACACAAGAGAAUGACUGGGAAGUUCCUUUUGAAAACCUCACUGAUUUGGUAUAUCUGGGUUCUGGGGCACAAGGAAUUGUAUUUGGAGGCAACCUCAAAGGUGAAAUGGUUGCAGUAAAGAAGCUGAGGGACAAAAGUGAAGCUGAUAUUAAACAUUUAAGGAAACUCAACCAUGAAAAUAUAGUUCGCUUCCGAGGAGUUUGCACAGUUACACCUUUCCAUUGCGUAAUUAUGGAGUAUUGUCAGUAUGGACCUCUAUUUGAGUUUCUCCAUAGUGGUGUAUCUUUUACUCCGAAGCAAAUUGUAAGAUGGGCAAGGGACAUCGCUCUGGGCAUGAGUUAUCUUCAUUCACAUAAAAUAAUACACAGGGAUCUCAAAAGUCCAAAUGUUCUGAUUGCUGAUAACCUUGUAGUUAAAGUUAGCGACUUUGGUACAAGUAGAGAGUGGAAUGAUGUAAGUGCUAUAAUGAGUUUUACUGGAACUGUGGCAUGGAUGGCACCAGAAGUGAUACGUCAUGAGCCAUGCUCAGAGAGAGUGGAUGUUUGGUCGUAUGGAGUGGUGCUUUGGGAACUACUUACACAGGAGGUUCCUUACAAAAAUCUUGAGACACAUGCUAUCAUGUGGGGAGUAGGAACUGAUACUAUUGCAUUACCUGUACCAUCAACUUGCCCAAGCAGCAUUCAGCUAUUACUAAAUCAAUGUUGGAAUCGUGUGCCCCGUAAUAGACCACCAUUCAAAAUUAUUGCUGCUCAUUUGGAGAUGGCAGGAGAAGAGCUGUGCUCUCUAGAUAUGGAAACAUUCAACACUACUCAAGCACUUUGGCGCCAAGAAGUCCACAAAUGUAUGGAGAGGCUCUAUGCAAAGAGUGAUAAGCCAGUCGCAAAGGACGCUAUAGCGCAGCGUCGCGAGGACAUAAAGCACGCUCGCGACGUGCGCUACGUGUACGAGCAGCAGCUAUCCAGAGCUAACGAGCUCUACAUGGAGGUUUGUGCUGUCCGUCUGCAACUGGAACAACGAGAACGAGUCAUUGCUGAGCGCGAGAACGCAUUGAGUGGCUGUCGUUGCGGUGUACGCAAGAACUUCAAGUACUUCCACCGACAGACAUCCUCGUCCUCAGAUGGUAUUAAAGGGCUGCCCGCCCUUACUGAGAAUAACCGUCGUCGCAAGAAGAAGCACAUCACAAACCAACCCACCCAACUAGUAGUCAACUAUGAGGAAAACAACAAGAAUGACGUGAAAACCGUCACAAUGGCUCUAGAUGAUUGCAUCACUUGCGCAUGCGAUGACAGCGUGAAAAAUAACAACAUGACCGUCACCGUGAAAGACAGCGUGGUAGAGGACAACGGGAACAUCGUAGUGAAGGACACCUGCAAUGAUGCUCCACGCAAUGAUAACUAUAUGCCAGAAGUUGCUAAUGUC